ACCGCCUUGCAUGGCAGAGUGUAGAUAAUUCCCCACCUCCUGUGUGUGUGUUACAGUCUCUCCGAUGCAUGUUCAGGAUCGGUGCAGACGUGUCGGGAACUCAACCUAACGCUGGUCGGAUCAAAGCGGGGGAUCCAUUGAUCAGUGUGUAAAAAGAGGAGAGGGAAAAAAAAAACACCUUAAACUUUUGUUCCUAUUUUUUAUCCCAGCGUUUUGUAAUUCUAGUUAACGUUGGGGCGCUCUUUAAGCGGUUGCAGAGAGGGUGGGUUCGGUGAUAAAACAUUUGCUGCCUCGAUUGCAUUAGCUCCGAAUUGGGUAAUUUUUUAACAACAACAAAAAAAAAAGACCACAGCCUCUCUUGUUUCUACACUGCCCGUCUCUCUCCUCCCCCCCUUUUCCACUGGGCCUGUGUGUGUGUGUGUAAGUGUGUGUGUGUUGGGCACGUUGGCACAUCUUCGCCAUGGGAUACAAUCUGGAGGUGGAUACAGUUUGAUGAAUCAGAGGUGAAGAUGGAACUCUCAAACCAUGCCAAACAAUUACUAUUGCAGCUGAACCAACAGAGGAGCAAAGGUUUCUUCUGCGAUGUCAUCAUCGUGGUGGAGAAUGCCCUGUUCCGCGCCCACAAGAACAUCCUGGCGGCCAGCAGCAUGUACUUCAAGUCCCUCGUUUUGCACGACAACCUCAUCAACCUGGACACGGACAUGGUCAACGCCGCCAUCUUCCGCCAGAUCCUGGACUUCAUCUACACGGGCAAGUUGCCGAUGACCGAGCAGGCCAGCGAGCAGAACGUCAACGGCCUCCUCACAGCCGCCAGCUACCUCCAGCUCCACGACCUCACCGCGCUAUGCCGCAAGAAGAUGAAACGCAACGGCAAGACCCUGCACCACGGCAAGCUGGCGGGGGGGCCCAACCCGGGCAAGCCCGGGCGAGGCCACCGACUGCCGUCCACGCCGGUCAUCCAGAGCCGUUUCGCCGGCUCGUCCGACGGGCUGAAGCGGCUGUCGGCGAUGGAGCCGGGAGCCGGCGGCGGCGGCGGCGGCGAGGAGUUUUACGUCCCCGGCUCCAACAAGGGCGGCGGUGGCUCCUCCUCCUCCUCCUCGCACCCGCGCGGGCAGAAGGGCGGCAACGGUAACGCCAACGGCGGCGACCAGGACGAGCAGAUGCUGGGCCUCGACCUGUCGAAGAAGAGCCCGCCGUUACCGCCGGCGCAGCAUCAGCAGCAGCAGCCGCCGCACGUGGCGGCCUCUCAGGAAGACAUGCAGCUGGGGGAGUGCGGGCAAGGCUCGCCCAACUCCUCCACCGCCAACACCGAGGACAGGGCGGAGGGCGGCGAGGGGCCGGACAGGAGCGAGGGCGGAGACGGCGGUGGUCAGGGCGCGCCCGAUACCAAGGGCUACCACCGCCUGGCCCCGCACCACCCGCCCGGCUGGAUCAAGCAUGAGAUGCCUUACGGGCGGCAGGACAACUGUAGGGAGGACGGGUCGACACUGAUGAACGGUGUGAUCAUGGGGCCGCUGGUCAAGUCUCUGGACCGGGACCGGGAGCGGGAGAGAGACAGGGAGAGGGAGGGGCCCCACCCUUACUGCAAGGAGGUAGGGAGGGGGGGAGAGGAGGAGGAGGAGAACGGGAAGGAGUACAGCGAGGAGAGCGGCCAGAGCGAGGAGGACACCGGCCAGCCCAGCGCCCACGCCUACCGCCCUGGCCCCGACGGCUUUGAGCCGGUGGUGUACGGAGACAACCUGUACGUCUGCAUCCCCUGCGGCAAGGGCUUCCCCAGCUCGGAGCAGCUCAACUCGCACGUGGAGAGCCACACGGAGGAGGACCUGUACAUCAAGGAUGAGGAGGCGGUGGCGGAUGGGCUGGCGGCCCAGAGCCUGGCCUUCGCCGGAGACUCGCGGCCCUACAAGUGCUCGGUGUGCGAGAAGAGCUACCGCGACCCGUCCACGCUGCGCCAGCAUGAGAAGACGCACUGGCUCUCCCGGCCCUUCCCCUGCAACAUCUGCGGCAAGAUGUUCACCCAGCGCGGCACCAUGACCCGACACAUGCGCAGCCACCUGGGCCUCAAGCCCUUCGCCUGCGAGGAGUGCGGGAUGCGCUUCACCCGCCAGUACCGGCUGACCGAGCACAUGCGCGUCCACUCCGGCGAGAAGCCCUACGAGUGCCAGGUGUGCGGCGGCAAGUUCACCCAACAACGCAACCUGAUCAGCCACAUGCGCAUGCAUACCUCACCCACAUAGAAACCAAAGACUCCGCGCGCGCCUCAUCUCCCCACCGCGUGUCGGCACGAACCGCAGGUGCUGGCUCACACCCCCCCCCCAAGGCAGACACUAGAGCUGGAUGUACUCAACGGGUCGGGCAGCAUCUAUGGAGGACAAAGAAAAAUAAAGGAAAAAUAGGUGCCAUCUUGUGUAGGAAGCAACAGCGGAUGCUGAUUUAUACCGCCAAGGCAGACAAUAGAGCUGGAUGUACUCAACGGGUCGGGCAGCAUCUCUGGAGGAAAAAUAAAAAAAGGAAUCGGUGACAUUUCGGGUCUGAAGAGGGUCUCGAACCCGAAACGCCACGACAUGUGUGACAUUUUUUUGUGUAGGAAACAACUGCAGAUGCUGGUUUUACACCGAAGAUA